GCGCAUGCGCGGAGGGCGGCGGAGCGCUGGCAGCUGGGCUCGGAGGAACCGUCGCUCGCCCGGUCAUGUCGUACGGGCCGCUGGAUCCUUACCGGCCCGGGCCGACGGCCCCGCCGCGGGACUUCGGUGGCAUCAUUCAGACAUGCAGCGCCAACGUGCAGCGCAUCGCGCAGUAUACUGCUCAGAUAAAGAAUUUGAUGAGCCAGCUGGGAACCAAGCAGGACUCCAGCAAGCUGCAGGAAAACUUACAACAACUACAGCAUUCUGCAAACUGCUUGGCCAAAGAGACCAAUGAGUAUCUCAAAGAACUGGGGUCUCUACCACUUCCUCUGUCUGCUUCUGAACAGCGUCAACAGAGGCUUCAGAAAGAACGUUUAAUGAAUGAUUUCUCCGCAGCCUUAAAUAAUUUCCAAGCAGUACAGAGGCAAGUGUCAGAGAAGGAAAAAGAGACUGUAGCAAGGGCAAGAGCUGGCUCCCGUAUCUCUGCUGAUGAGCGGUUCAGAGAAGAGCAGCUUGUUUCAUUUGAUAGUGGUGAAGACUGGAGUCAAAUGCAGUCUCAAGAAGAAGAUGCAGCAAUAACUGAACAGGAUCUUGAACUUAUUAAAGAAAGAGAAACGGCGAUCAGGCAAUUAGAGGCCGACAUUUUGGAUGUCAAUCAGAUAUUUAAGGAUUUAGCCAUGAUGAUUCAUGACCAAGGAGAUAUGAUUGAUAGCAUAGAGGCAAAUGUGGAAAGUGCUGAAGUUCAUGUGGAAAGAGCCAGUGAGCAGUUACAGAGAGCUGCCUAUUAUCAGAAGAAAUCCCGUAAGAAGAUCUGCAUCCUGAUUCUUGGUCUUGCUGUGGCCUCCAUAAUCUUAGGAUUAAUUAUCUGGUGGACAGCAAAGUGAAAUCUUCACAUGGAACCUUGUCUCAUGGCUGAGAAUAUUUUUCCCCCAGCAUGAACAGGCAGACUAGUCUCGGAAAUGAAACCACCCUGAGAGAGCACAAGCUGGAACUACUUCUAGUAAUAGUUAUUAGCAACUAAUGUGCAGACAACUAGUGUUUGGAAUUAGUGAACCAUGGAGACAGUAUUUAUCAGUUUAUAUACAAAUUAUAUUGUUUUAUGUAACUAACAUCUUGUGGUUUUGCUUUCUGUAAUGGAUUAUUCCCUGUCCCAACUGUAUGCUGAAGUGUGAUCAAUAAUUGGAGAUGUCUUGUUUAAUUUGACAAAUGGCAGAAAUUUAACUUUUUAUAUGUACAGAUAACUCUGUUGGACUGGAAUAAGAAUGACAUUCAAAGAGGGCACAACACUGACUUUCAUUACCUUAAUCCAGCAGUUUCUCAAGUCUCCGGUAUCUGCCCCGUGGUUUUAUUAGUCUCUGGGUGGCUGUGGUUCUAAAUUCAGUUGAAGACAAAGAUGCCACUGCAGAUCUGAGAAGCAAGAAGUAUGCGUGGAUGAUAGUUGGAACCACUACGUGCUUGGGAACGGUCAGUUUAGCCUUGAGACUCACUGCUUUUAUUAAUUUUUGUGCAUGGUUGGGGUUGUUUUUUUUUUAAUGCACCAGUUGAGUACUGUAAGUCUAAGGACAUCCUGUCUAGCAGUGCAAUGUCAUUGAAGAAACUAGCUGAUGGUUUAUUAUUGAACACAUAAAUCUCUUCCAAUGCUGACUCUCAAAGCACUAAAAUACAAGUUGAGCUUCUUGCUCCUAAUUGAUUUUUCAGGGGGAAAGUGGUGCAAAGAUGAGGAAGCAGGCACCUAAGCUUACAGGCAAACAAGACAGCUGAGUAUUAGGAGAAAUCCUGCUUUGAAGGACUCUUGAAGCUUAUUGUAAUGUCUUAGUAAAUAUUGUGUGGCUUGUGAAUGUCUGUUAUUUUCCCUUCUUUAUGAAACAAAGUGCAGAAAUUGGCUGAGCAAAGUGCUAAGGUUUUGAGAUUGAGGAUGUGCGUGCAGAUUAAGGACUGCUGGUUUUAGCUGUCUUGCUAGCAGAGCUGGUCAGGACAUAGCAGCCACUCCCUGCUUUGUUGUAGCUCCAAACUGACCUGCACUGAGGGAUCAGUAAUCUGUCCAAAGCCCAACGUAGUGUGGUAAAUGCAUCAUACUGACCCAUUUUGUAUUUAACCCUUAUUCCGUGUCUCCUGUGUAAUAAAGUAAAUGUGAAAGCUGGGAAGGGAGGCUUGUUCUCCCAAUUGCACAUUGGUUUGCACUACUACGCCAUCAUUCCGUCUAAUAACUAUCAAUAAACACUUUUAAAAGCCUU